AUGCUCUCUUCUAAUACCACCCCUCGUACUCUUUAUGAUAAAGUUUGGGACGAUCACAUCAUCGAUCGUCAAGACGACGGUACCUGUUUGAUUUACAUCGAUCGACACUUGGUCCACGAAGUUACCAGUCCUCAAGCUUUCGAAGGUCUUCGCAAUGCCGGACGUUCCGUUCGUCGUCCCGACUGCACACUGGCUACUGUCGACCACAACAUUCCGACCAGCAGCCGAAAGAAAUUCAAGUCCAUUACGACUUUUAUCGAAGAAGCCGACUCACGAACUCAGUGCGAGACUUUGGAAGCCAAUGUCAAGGAUUUCGGUUUGACAUAUUUUGGCAUGGAGGACGAUCGUCAAGGUAUUGUGCACGUUAUUGGUCCCGAACAAGGUUUCACUCUUCCCGGUACGACCGUGGUGUGUGGUGAUUCCCACACUUCGACUCACGGCGCUUUCGGCGCACUGGCGUUUGGUAUCGGUACUUCGGAAGUGGAACAUGUGCUGGCUACGCAGACCUUGCUACAGAAAAAGAGUAAGAACAUGCGUAUUUGUGUGCAAGGCGAACUCACGCCUGGUGUGACCAGCAAAGAUAUUGUGCUUCAUAUUAUUGGCGUUAUUGGUACUGCUGGCGGUACUGGUUGUGUGCUUGAAUUCUGCGGUUCAGCCAUCGAAUCGCUUUCCAUGGAAGCGAGAAUGUCCAUCUGUAACAUGGCCAUUGAAGCCGGUGCCCGUGCAGGUAUGAUUGCUCCCGACGAUAUUACCUUUGAAUACCUGCGUGAUCGUCCUCUUGCUCCCAAGGGUGAAGAAUGGGAACGUGCGGUCGCCUACUGGAAGUCGCUUCGUGCCGAUCCUGAUGCAGUGUAUGACGUUCAAGUCGAAAUUGCCGCGGCUGACAUUGCUCCUACCGUGACCUGGGGUACCAGUCCUCAGGACGUCGUUGCCAUUACUGGACAAGUGCCUGAUCCGGCUCAGGUAUCCGAUCCCAGCAAGAAAGCGGCCAUGCAGCGCGCCUUGGAUUACAUUGGUCUCGAACCCAACACACCCAUGGAAGAAGUCAAGAUUGACAAGGUGUUCAUUGGAAGUUGCACCAACUCGCGUAUCGAGGAUUUGCGUCAUGCUGCCAAUAUUGUCAAGGGACGACAUGUAGCUGAUUGGGUCUAUGCCAUGGUGGUGCCUGGUUCCGGUUUGGUCAAACGUCAAGCUGAACGUGAAGGUUUGGACCGCAUUUUCAAGGAGGCCGGUUUUGAUUGGCGUGAAGCCGGUUGUUCCAUGUGCUUGGGUAUGAAUCCUGAUCAGCUGAGCCCCGGUGAACGUUGUGCUUCCACCAGCAACCGUAACUUUGAAGGUCGUCAAGGUGCAGGUGGCCGUACCCAUUUGAUGAGUCCUGCCAUGGCCGCCGCUGCCGGUAUCAAGGGUUAUUUGACCGAUGUUCGUAAAUUGCUUCAAGCCCCCGAAGAACCUGUUGCGCCUCGAUCGCCCCGAUCGCCUCCCAAGGUAGAACCUGAGGUCGAAGAAGAAUCGACGGAACAGCAUGAACAAGCCGCUGAACAGGCCGAUCCCGUCACGGAUGCUCCUGCCAAUACACCUUCGGUUGGUGCGCCUGUCUCGGCUGCCGGUAUGCCCAAGUUUACGACCUUGAAAGGAUAUGCUGCUCCUCUUGCCAUUGCCAACGUUGACACGGAUAUGAUCAUUCCCAAGCAGUUCCUCAAGACAAUCAAACGUACCGGUCUUGGCAGCGCCCUGUUCUACGCUCUUCGAUUCGACUCCGCCACCGGCAAGGAAAAUCCCGACUUUGUUCUCAAUCAGGAACCUUACCGCAAGGCUUGCAUCAUGGUUUGUACCGGUCCCAACUUUGGUUGUGGCAGUUCCCGUGAACAUGCUCCAUGGGCAUUCAACGAUUUUGGGAUUCGCUGCGUGAUUGCUCCCAGUUUCGCCGAUAUUUUCUUCAACAACUGCUUCAAGAACGGUAUGCUCCCAUUGACCCUUCCUCAAGAUCAACUGGAAAUCGUAGCUGAAGCGGCCAAGGAAGGCGCGGAAAUCGAAGUCGAUCUUGUGAACCAGGUUGUGCGUAUUCCCAAUGCUGAAUUCCCCUUUGAAGUCGAAGCCUUCCGCAAACAUUGCCUGAUCAACGGUCUGGACGAUAUCGGUCUUACCCUGCAAAAGGAGGAAAAGAUUGAACAGUUUGAAUCGAAGCGCUCGGAUUCAUGGCCCUGGUUGGAUGGCAAGGAUUACACCGGCUCCGCGACCAAGGUCAAGGCCAUCGGCACAGCCAAGAAGCAAAAGUUGGAUUGGUAG